AUGGUUCGGUCUCUCAAUCAUAUCCCAGACGAGAUCUUGAGUUCAAUCCUACGCGAUUCCCCUCCGCAGACCUGUGCCGCCCUCGAGCAAACGAGCUCUCGAUUUCGAAAUGUGACGAAUGAGCCUUUACUAUGGCGAUAUUAUUGUGAAUCACACUAUAAGUUCUGGGAUAAGAAACACGAUAUGCCCCACAAGCUCCUCUGUCCAGUCUCAUCUAUUGAUUGGAAGACGCUUUUUGUGUUCAAGUAUCAAGUCGAUUGCUCGGUCACUGGGCUUCUCGGGAGCAUCCUCGCUAGCCAAACGGGCCGCAUCGAAAAGUUUCGCUCCGUGAUAGAUCUCGGAUACGAUGCCAAAGACACUCUCUUGCGGCACAGCCUGGUGGCAUCCGGGGAUGAUCAUCUGGCCAGAAGGUGGGCUACUGAUUCCCGCUUUAUGGGAACCUUAAGGUAUUAUGCCCGUGCACUCUUGACUUGUCUCCAUCGAAGCAUUGCAGUGCCGGUGUGGGCAAAACUAAGGCGCGGGGACCCGGUAUCACUUGACCGAGCCUUAGGCUGCUUUGAUCUCUUCAUACCUGAGAAUGGACAUGAGGAUUUGGAUGAUAUACGAUGCUCCCUUGCUGGGAUUCUUGAUCGCUUCGUCGCUGAUCAUCUAGACCUUAAUCUCACUCCUCGCCAUAAAGCACUGGCUAUUGCAGACUGGCUUGCGACGAAUGGUCUUAUAGGCAUCGAUCCGGAGCGGGAAUUUCACCGGCUGGAGCAUAAUUUCCUGGGGCUAGCUCUAACCAAUAUUGAGCACAAUUCUCUGCCGUUGGUAUCAGCUGCGAUAUAUUGCUUUGUUGCACAGGGGUUGGGACUCAAUGCUCAUCCUUGUGGAUUCCCUUUUCACGUUCAUGUCAUAAUCACUCCCGUGUCGGGUUUUGAUAUGGACGGGCGUCCUUUGUCUAAUCUCGAUCAGGCGCAGCCUAUGUACUUGGAUCCAUUCCGUGGCGCACGAGAAAGUUCCGUUUCAGAUUUGCGCAAUCAACUCAAUUUCCUCGGAAUGUCCAACGCAGACCAACCUGCAGCCCUUGGCGAGUCUUCAACGGCGUCAAUUGUUUUGCGUUGCGGCAAGAAUAUUUUGAACUCUGUCCGCAUCGCAACUCAGAGCCCAGACUUGGAUUCUACUCCAGUAGAUGCUGUAAGUGCAAGAUAUGCUGCACUUUGGUCGGUGAUACUCCUAUCGAACAGUUCCGCGCCAACGGAUCUGCGCCAUCAAUUGCCAUGGCUGAUGGAGCUUUUCGCCACUGAUUUCCCUUCAGACAUCUUUCUCGUCGAACAAUACAUUGCCCCUCUGUUCGACGGCAUGUUUGAGCAUGGGCAUAUUCUAGAAAGUCUCCACGUGAUGCGAGCGGUGGAUGAGAUCCCAAAGCAAAUCCAUACCCGAACUGGUAACAAUGCAAAUAUUCGAUAUACUGUGGGCCAGGUUUUCCGUCACCGUCGCUAUCAAUACAGGGCUAUCAUCACUGGCUGGGAUUCCGAAUGCGGCGCAGGUGAGCAAUGGAUGAUGCGGAUGGGCAUUGACCGAUUACAAGCUGGCAGACACCAAAGUUUCUACCAUGUUCUCGUGGAGGAUCGAAGUGUUCGAUAUGUGGCCGAAGAAAAUGUUGAACUUAUUACACCUCGCCUGGAGGAGCUACCGCGGAGCUUAAUCGCCAUUGCGGGCAAGCAUUUCAAACGAUGGGAUGAAAGACGGAUGGUUUUUAUAAGUAAUGUGAAGGACGAGUAUCCAGAUGACUAG